UGUUUUAUGGGUGCUUUUGCUGGUCUUCAGUAGUAUUGGGAAUCAGCUACAGCUCCUGCUUGCCAGGCUCCUGGAGGUGCAGGAUGACUCUUUUUGAUGGUGUCUACCCCUUCUACCCACAGCAGAGGAAGGCUGCUGUGUUCGACAUCAGUGCCAUCAUAGUCAUCGUGGUCUUCCUGGCACUGGCUUGCAGCUUCCUGCUCAUCAUCCCAGGCAUCCGUGGACGGGCGAGGUUGUACUGGACUCUCCGUAUUCUCCUCAGCCUCUUCAUGGGAGUGGUGAUUGUCGUUGUCCAGUUCACAGGGGACUGGGAGACUGGCUGGGUGCAGGCAAACACCUCCUACAAGUCCUUCAGCCAUGUCCAGGUGAACGUGGACAUAGGGCUGCACAUCGGCCUGGCAGGGGUGAACGUCACGCUCAGGGGAAACCCAGUGAACCAGAUCAAUGAGACCAUCAACUACAACGAGCACUUUCCCUGGAACUUUGGAGCAGAUUAUGACCACAGCUACAACGAGGGGCUGAAGAAGGGGCUGCCCAGCCCCAUCCUCUAUGUGGCAGAGAAGUUCAGCACGCAGAGCCCGUGCGCCGUGCACAGGCAGUACCGCAUCGCUGGCCACUAUGCCUCGGCCAUGCUCUGGGUAGCCUUUUGCACAUGGAUCAUCUCCAACAUUCUCUUUUCCAUGCCUGUCCUCGUUUAUGGAGGAUACAUGUUCCUGGUCACAGGGGCCUUCAUGAUCUUCUCACUGCUCUCGUUUUCCACUGUGAGGAACUCCCCUAUGUGCCUGAUCCAGAUUGGGACCAGGACCCUGCAUGUAGCCUAUGGGGGAUCUUUCUGGCUCAUGCUAGCAAUUGGCCUGCUCUGUUUUGUGGUUGGAAUCACCAUUGUGGCAAUGCACCACCUCAAUUUGAACCUGCUGAAAACUUUCUUUGAUCUCCGUGAGGACAAAGCAGAGGAGUACCAGGAAAUGCCUGAGGUGUUCAUCAACCCUCAUUUCAUGAACAAGGGCCUGUCUCCUUCUCAGCCCUCUGAAACCAACAGCAUCUAAAGGAAAGUCCUCAUUCUCUCCCUGAAGAUGGACCCAAAAGGGCAGAACAAAUUCUUCUUGAUGUCCCCAGAGAUGCAUUUCCCCGUCCAACUGCCUUUGAAGUCCACAUUGGGAUAGGUCCUUGCUGGGAAGUACUUUCACAGACUGUGUCUCCCUGACAGUGCCCUCUGGAAGGAGCAGGCUGUGCUGGCAAGCUGCCAUCAGAGCAGCUCACAGCUCCAGAGAUUUGAGCUGCACACUCACCUGGGAAUCCCUGUGCCAGGAGG